AUGCUUUCCAAUGCGCAGGACGCACCUUUUCUCCACCCUCAUGACCCAUGCGUCGAAAAAGAAUAUGAAACUUUAAUUCGAGCGUGGAAAGAUCAACUUAUCGACCAUACACCGGCAGUUCCUAAUAAUGAUUAUGUUCGACUGGCUUGGAUGAGAUUAAUGGAUCAUUAUCUCGACCAGCAAUGGCUAGACUCGAAACAAAUGUUACAGUGUGCUCAGGCUUGGAGCGCCCGUGACGAGUUAAGUUUGACAGAAGCUGUUCAUACAAUGAAUAUCCUCAGCCUCAAAUCAAUGCAAAGGUCAUUGGAUGCUCGUCAAGAGUUACUACAAGCUUUGGGAGACCCAGAUCUCAUUGGUAUUGCUCGCCCACAAAGCAUUUCUAGCUCCUCUUUUCUGACAGGUUCAGAAGAGGAUGUACAUGCCCCAUUACUUGUCCAACACACCAACACUCCCACCCAGGAAAACUUUAAUAUUAAUCAUGAUGAACCAGCGGUCCUUUCAAUGAAUGAAGAAGAGGAAGAAAAAGCCUUCCUAAUUGACAAUGGCUAUAAUCUUGAUGAACUGAUUGAUCUAUCCCUCGAGCCCGAUUUGGAAGACUAUGAAAAUGAUGGACAGGACAUUAAAGUAAGACCAGUUUUUGAUGAGGAAGAAGAGGAAGAAGAGGAAGAAGAGGAAGAAGAAGAAGAAGAGGAGGAGGAGGAGGAAGAUGCAGCAGAGUUUAUAUCGCCGCUGGCCUCCCGUGUCUUUACUCGCAGUAUCUCUUCCUCCAUGUCUUCGCCUAAUAUAUCCACCACUCAACGCCACGAAGAAUUUACUCAACGAAAAUACGAGAGCUACUACCAGAAAUUACACCAGACGUCAUCGUGGAAAGAAAUUGAAAUCCGUAACUCUGAUUUAUUAUCUGAAGGAGGAGGCAGCUGUAGUAGCAGUGAGAUUAGUUCUCCGAAUGUGGGAAGUGAUGUUCAAUGGAAGAGCUGGUUUUUGGGAGAUCAGUCAACUGAAUUUGCAGAGGAAAAGGUAGAGACGGAUGCAAGCUUUUCAGACUAUGUCAAGAAACAGCCGUUUUUAAUGGUUCGAAGUGAAUCUAGCAUUUCAGCGUUUCGACCAAUCAGCAAUAAUUUGGCACCGCGUUGUCAGGCGCCAUUGAUCACCAAAAGUAGAUCUUUCCCUUCAAAGUCAGCUUUAUCGGCAUCCAUGAAGAAAUCCUCUUCUACUCCACCGCCUGUGCCCCAGCAACGAAAUUUUAUGAUUCGAUCUAUUGUCAGUAAGAAGGCUUCGUUAUCCAAACUAUUUAGUAGUAAAAAGCCUUGA